AUCUCAGUUUCUUCGGCUGUGGGGGAGGAACACACAGUUCCAUCAAUCAGAAUUUGGGAAAAGAAUGGAUUUCGAUACAGUGAAGAGGUUGGUGGAGAAAGAAGGCGGCGAUUAUGAAUUCACGGUGGACUCCAUGCCUCCAAGGUUUAUAGAGCCGAUAGUGAUGCAAGGCCUCAAGAUCGAUCACAUCGAACGGGGCCUCGUUGUUUGCUCCUUCACUGUCCCCCCUCGCCUCCUGAAUACUGGGAAUACGUUACACGGCGGAGCCACGGCGGCGCUGGUGGACAUAGUGGGGUCAGCUGUUAUUUUCACGAUGGGAGCUCCGACAACAGGUGUCUCCGUGGAGAUCAACGUUUCAUACUUGAGUGGCGCUGAUGUUGGUGAGGAAAUUGAGAUAGAAUCCAAGGCAUUACGUGUUGGAAAGGCUCUUGCUGUUGUCAGUGUGGACUUCAGAAGUAAAAAGACCGGAAAACUUAUUGCUCAGGGGCGUCACACAAAGUACCUAGUUCUCCCUAGCAAGAUGUAAAAACCUUGUAAUCUAUGUACCUUGAUUGAAGCAUCUACUUCUGUACAAGGAAAAGUGAGUAUCUUUCGGGGUAAAAGUGGCUUUAGAAGAAACUGGGGAAUUUCUCAGCUACAUUAAGUGAAAGUUUCAAUAAUGUUUACUACAUAGCCAAUAUGCCUCAGUA